AUGAAUUAUGUGGCCAACUAUGAGGGACAGAGGCAAGGUGGUCAGAAUUGGGGUCAGCAUAAUCAACAAUACAGACCAGCACAGCAGCAGUACAAUAACAACAACAAUCCUGGAGCUAUGCGACCACAGGGUCAAGUGAUGCCCUACCAAAGGCAACAGGGCAACUAUGCGUUUGCUAAGGCACUUUGUGAUUUAGGGGCAAGCAUAAACCUGAUGCCCCUGGCUAUCUACAAAAUGUUAGGCAUUGGAAGAGCUAGACCCACGUCCAUGUUGCUACAGCUGGCUGACCGGACAGUGAAGAGGCCCUCUGGCGUUCUUGAUGACGUAUUAGUACAGAAAUCUAUGCGGCGACCAAGUGAAUUUGCUAACUGCUCUCUAAUAGAUGCCGCGGAUGUAAUUUUGGAGGAGGAAGAUGAAACAUUAAACACUAAAGACCCUCUAGCAGCCUGUCUCAUGAAUUUAGAUGAAGCAAAUAGAGAAGACUUGGCGAAGUUGGUACUUGCUCUUGAAGGCCAAGGUUUUUGGAGAAGGGAGCUCGAAUUUGACCCUUUGCACUUAGAGGAAAGAAAAAAUCCUCCAUCUAAGCCAUCGAUAGAAGAGCCUCCAAAGUUGGAACUGAAGCUACUGCCACCUCAUCUCAGGGUAGCGUUUGAAGAAUGGAAGAAGAGACUGGUACUUAAUCAAGAAGAAGGAUUCAAAGUCGCGCCUGAUUCGAUGGGGCUACUGCUGCAAGAAUUUGACUUGGAAAUCUGUGACCGAAAGGGAACGGAGAACCAAGUGGCUGAUCACUUGUCUAGGCUGGAAGGAGCUGAGAAUAAGGUUGAGGUGGAGGAGAUUAUGGAAACUUUCUCGGAUGAACAACUAUUAGCCACGAGUCUUGAGGAAGCGCCAUGGAUUUGUGUUGAUAACAUGAUCCAGAGAUGUAUCCCCGAGAUAGACCAAUAUUCUAUUUUGUAG